UAGGUUCCCACAGCCAGCCUCCCCACUCUAGGCCACAGCCUUCCAGCUUCGUGUCUGUGUCAGCUUGACGCUGCAGCCCGGGCCGCCAUGGCGCUGCGUGUAGCCGCGUUCGACCUUGACGGAGUGCUGGCCCUCCCCUCUAUCGCCGGGGCUUUCCGCCGCAGCGAAGAGGCCCUGGCACUGCCUAGGUAAGGGGAGCCGCGCUGGGUCAGUGUCCCGCCUGGUGCCCUGUCCAUACGUCCAGCCCAGGUUUCAAAUUGCUUUCCAGAGACUUCCUGCUUGGUGCGUACCAGACGGAAUUCCCAGAGGGACCCACUGAGCAACUCAUGAAAGGGAAGAUCACAUUUUCGCAGUGGGUACCACUCAUGGAUGAAAGCUACAGGAAGUCCUCCAAAGCCUGUGGAGCCAAUCUACCUGAGAAUUUCUCCAUAAGUCAAAUAUUCAGCCAAGCUAUGGCAGCAAGAAGCAUCAACCGCCCCAUGCUUCAGGCAGCCAUUGCUCUCAAAAAGAAAGGAUUCACAACAUGCAUUGUCACCAACAACUGGCUGGACGACGGAGACAAGAGAGACAGCCUGGCCCAGAUGAUGUGUGAGCUGAGCCAACACUUUGACUUCCUGAUAGAGUCCUGUCAGGUUGGGAUGAUCAAGCCUGAGCCUCAGAUCUACAAUUUUUUACUGGAUACCCUGAAGGCAAAACCCAAUGAGGUUGUUUUCCUAGAUGACUUUGGAAGUAAUCUGAAGCCAGCCCGUGACAUGGGGAUGGUUACCAUCCUGGUCCACAACACAGCCUCCGCUCUGAGAGAACUGGAGAAGGUCACAGGGACACAGUUUCCUGAGGCCCCACUGCCAGUCCCAUGCAAUCCAAAUGACGUCAGCCAUGGAUAUGUGACAGUGAAGCCAGGGAUCCGCCUGCAUUUUGUGGAGAUGGGCUCUGGCCCUGCCCUAUGCCUUUGCCAUGGGUUUCCUGAGAGCUGGUUUUCUUGGAGGUACCAGAUCCCUGCUCUGGCCCAGGCAGGCUUUCGUGUUCUGGCUAUAGACAUGAAAGGCUAUGGAGACUCAUCUUCUCCUCCUGAAAUAGAAGAAUAUGCCAUGGAAUUGCUGUGUAAGGAGAUGGUGACAUUCCUGGAUAAGCUGGGAAUCCCUCAAGCAGUGUUCAUUGGCCAUGACUGGGCUGGUGUGAUGGUGUGGAACAUGGCUCUCUUCUACCCUGAGAGAGUGAGGGCUGUGGCCAGUUUGAACACGCCGUUUAUGCCACCAGAUCCUGAUGUGUCUCCCAUGAAAGUUAUCCGAUCUAUCCCAGUUUUCAAUUAUCAGCUGUACUUUCAAGAACCAGGAGUGGCCGAGGCUGAACUGGAGAAGAACAUGAGUCGGACUUUCAAAAGCUUCUUCCGAGCCAGUGAUGAGACAGGUUUCAUCGCUGUGCAUAAAGCCACUGAAAUAGGGGGAAUCCUUGUGAAUACUCCAGAAGAUCCCAACCUCAGCAAAAUUACUACUGAGGAAGAAAUAGAGUUUUACAUACAGCAGUUCAAGAAGACUGGCUUCAGAGGUCCUCUGAACUGGUACCGGAACACAGAAAGAAACUGGAAGUGGAGCUGUAAAGGGUUGGGACGAAAGAUCUUGGUCCCAGCCCUGAUGGUCACAGCUGAGAAGGACAUUGUACUCCGUCCUGAAAUGUCCAAGAACAUGGAAAAGUGGAUCCCUUUCCUGAAAAGGGGACACAUUGAAGACUGUGGUCACUGGACACAGAUAGAGAAACCAACUGAGGUGAACCAGAUUCUCAUCAAGUGGCUGCAGACUGAAGUCCAGAACCCAUCAGUGACCUCCAAGAUUUAGCCACUGGGGACACAUUUUAGUUUCUGGAACACAGCCUGAUCUACAAGUACCAGCAUCGUUCUUUUGCCAGCCAGUGAUUUUCUUUUAAAUGAAAAUGAUGGGAUGAGAUGUAAUUUUAGAUCGGGAAGAGAGUGUGUGUCUAAUUCUUUUGAGUAUGCCUGUGCCAUCAGAGAAGAGAUCCCACCCCAGUAGGAAGGUAUGGGGCAGUCCAGUUUAUAACUUUGCAACCAAACCCAAGCCUGCUCUUUUUGAAGCAGCUGAUUGGAGAGUAAAGAUUUUCAUUCAAUAAAGCUAAACCUCAGGGCUCCAG